AGCUGCUAUUGCACUUGCGCAGAAGACUUUUCAUAGAAGGUGUAUUCACAGCACAUAAUACUGGAGCUGAACCAUCUUCUGAUGCUGUGUUAUAGUCAUACGUGUGUAAAUCAUUCGACAUUUAUAUGAUAAACAAUCACAAUCUUCACAAUGCCGUUGUUUGGUGGAACACCGUUUGAUACUGAUGUUGAUAAAGUAACAAGUGAGGCUAAUACAACAGAAGACUGGGGACUAAUUCUAGAUAUCUGUGACAGAAUAAAGGCUAAUUCAAAUGCGCCAAAAGAUGCUUUCAAGUCUAUCAUGAGGAGAUUAAAGACUCCUAAUCCACAUGUUCAGUUGCAAAGUUUAAUGCUAUUAGGUGCUUGUGUGAGUAAUGGUGGCAAGCUAUUCCACCAGGAGGUGAGCUCCAGGGACUUCUGCGCCGAUGCCAGGAAUAUCGUUAGUAAGGGUCAUCCCAAAGUGUCAGAGAAAAUGAGGCUCUUAUUGAAGGACUGGGCAGAGAAAGAAAUGAAGAACGAUCCCUCAUGCAGUUUGGUUACACAGCUGUACAACAGUCUGAAGACGGAAGGUUUUGGUUUCUCUACGUCAGAUGACCCACCAAAAGCUGUACAGACAUACAGCAAUGAUCCAAAUGUAGUUUCUACACAGCAAGAGGAGGAUGAUAUUGCAAAAGCCAUUGCGUUAUCAUUAGGAAACAACAAGAGUUCCAGUCAAAGUCCCAGCGGGGGCGGAGGUGGUGGGGGAGGAGGAGGGGGUACGACCGGUAGCCUGUACCCCUCUACCAACGCCCUGUACGCCUCACCGAUCCAGCAGCAACAGCCCAAGGAAUCUAGGAAGGUCAAAGCACUAUAUGACUUUGAGGCCGCGGAGGAUAAUGAACUCACUUUCAAGGCUGGAGAGAUCAUCAGUGUACUAGACGACAGGGAUGUAAACUGGUGGAAGGGGGAGAAUUUCCGAGGCACAGGGCUCUUUCCAUCCAACUUUGUGACAGCAGAUCUCACAGCGGAGACAGAACCAGAAAUCAAAGCCCGGGAGAAGAAGGUCUCGUUCGAGGAGGAAGUGGAGGUGCGUACCAUCGAGCCACCGACAGAGAUCAAGAUAAGCACCGAGACCAUGGACCAGUGCUUGGAGAUGCUCCAGAACGCAGACCCCACCAUGGAAAGACCAGACAAUCCUGACAUGCCCCUAUUGGAAGCAACAUGCAAUGGAAUGGCCCCGCUCAUCGACCAAGAGUUGGAGUCCAUUGACCGAGACCAUGCGGACCUUACUGCUCUCAACCAUCGUCUCAUGGACGCAUUCCAGAUGUACCAUGACCUGAUGAAAGAAGCCCCCGUCUAUGGCUAUUCCAUGAAGAAUAUGGCCCCAAACCAGGGCCCCUUCACAGGGCAGGGGCCCGUACCCGUUCCAGGCCCCUUCACCGGGCAAGGGCCUGUACCCGUUCCAGGGGGCUAUGCCCCUCAGCAACCCAACAUGGGUGGCAUGCCACCCCCGCAGAUGGUACAAUACAAUGCAGGAGCACCCCCUCAGCAGCAAUACAUGGGUCCACCAGGCGGGGUACCCAACUCAUCGGGAAUGGGUCCACCCGUUAUGAAUCAGGGUAUGAACAUGCCCCCUUCGUCCCAGGCUGCUCCUGCAUCCACCAUGGCUAUGAGUCAACCAGUCCUCUCACAGCCGGGCAUGGGGCAAGCUGCACAACCCAUCUAUUCUUCAAGCCCGGCUUCAUCCACCAUGUAUACCCACAACAUCCCCCAGAAUUCCUUGCCAGCUGCCAGUCAAACAAGCCCCGGCUCCGCCCCCUUCCAGUACAACUCUGCACCCGUGGGCACCGUGGCACCCACCAACACCUCCUACAGCCAGCCGGCCCCCAUGGGUAGCAUGCAGCCCCAAGGCGGGGUACCCUCCACCGGUGUGGCGCAUGGGUAUGGGAUGGCACCCCCUCCAGGGGACCAGGGGGUCCAGGGGGUCAUGAUGGGCCAAGGGAUUCCCCCACACCAGCAGCUGCUCUUAUAGUGUCUGCUGCCCUCGGGGGCUGACGAAACGGUCCCACACGUCGUCUCUCCUUCAAAUUUCAAUCAUGGAUGGGAAAAUUUGGAAGAAUGAACUUUCUGGGACAAAUCAGCAACUGCCGUUUCAGUGCACACCUGUUUCACCCUCCUUCUUCUUCGCUUUAAGUGCAGGCCAUCAGCUGGUGACCUAGUAUUCUUGUCCUGUUGUAGGUGCCAUGCAGACGUAUGUACAGUGUCUCAUAAAU